CUGUUAAAAAGUUUACGUAAUUUUAAUGUCAUUUUUUGAAAUUGAUCAUUUUUGCUGACUGAAGGAGAGCAUUGAGUUCCAAUUUUAUAUACCGUAAAAGAAAAAUGUUACCUACUUCAAAGUAUACAAGACUUAUUCUUAGAUCUCUAUCAAAUAUAAAACAAAUAAAAACAAAACCAAAUUAUAAUUUGUGAACUUGUUAUAUACAUUUAAAAUAAGCCGUCCUAUAAAUAUGACACCGGGAAUCUGACUGUACAAUUUGCCGCGUAAGCGUGUUCGAUCCUGUCACGCUAAGUACAGGUUCAAACUAGUCAAUUGUUUGUUUCUUGCGAAUCUUGCUUGUAUUUACAUUAGUCUAUUAGUCUACGCCGAACACGUUACAUCUCGUCCCUCGAAACGAUUGUGAUUAUUUAUCGACCUAGAGUAAAAAGUGAAUUAUUUACGAGGUUGAGAAAUUAUUGAUCAUGGAUCCAGUGCAAAAGAAGUAUAAAAACGCUUUGAAGGUGUCCGAAAUUGUAGACUAUCUUCAAGAUAUUGAAGAUUUUAGUGAUGAGGAGUUGAAUGACAUUGAAAUUGCCAUAUUGCCGCCGGAUGCGGUAGAUGAAAUGACUGACAUAGAAGAAGGUCCUGACGACGAUAUGGGAGUUUUGCCAGUGUCUGAUGUAGCUGGUCAAGUGGAAUUUUCGUGCACGAUCGAUAGCGGCGCGGAAAAUCAUCCUACUCAAUCCACAUCUCGUACAAGCAGGACAGUCACUUGGCGUAAGUGUGAACCAGUAUAUUCUGAAAUACAGCCGGAAUCUAAUACUGCUAAACAAUGUUUAGAAAAUAUGAUUACGCAGUUGGAAGGAAAGUCAGCGGUAGAAAUAUUCGAAAACUUGUUGUGUGACGGGAUUCUAGAAUAUAUUGUGCACGAAACUGUAUCUUACGCCAAACACUAUAAAAAUGAUUUGAACUUCAAUCUAACUAUAAAUGAGUUAAAAGUCUUCAUAGGAAUUUUGUUUUUCUCUUCGUAUCAUCACUUGCCGCAAAGUAAACUUUAUUGGUGUAGAGAUGAAGAUGUACAUAUUCCAUUUGUUGAACAGGCAAUGUCCCGUAAUCGUUUUGAUAAAAUUAAAUCCUAUUUACAUUUCAAUGACAACUCACAAAUAGAUAAUACUGACAAAGCUUUUAAAAUUCGCCCACUUAUCGAUAAAGCUAAUGAAUCAUUCCGAAAGUUUGGUAUAUUUGAAUCCAAUUUAGCUGUUGACGAAAUGAUCGUCAAAUACUUCGGUCACCAUGGAAUCAAACAAUUUAUAAAAGGAAAGGAUGUUCAAACCUCUGCAAGUCAUAACGAUGGCUUGGGUGCAACAGUGGUAAAGAAGUUGCUUGCAGUUUGUACAGCUCCCAGAGCACAUGUAGUCUACUUCGAUAACUUUUUCAGUAGCAUGCAAUUGUUGAUUGAUUUGAAAUCUCAAGGGUUCAGAGCUACAGGGACACGCGAGCCCGACGUGACGGUGACGGGGCUGGGGCCCUCCUGCGGCUCCAGCGCCGCCUCGUCGUCCGCGAACACGAUGGGCAGCCGCAUGAUGUCCGCCGCGCCCAGCGGGCCCGCGCUCCCGGGCCCCGCGCCCCCAGGCACCGCAACCCCAGGCCCCGCGCCCCCGCCGGCCCCCGCCGACGCGCGCCGCCGCGGGGGCAGGAGGGCGAGGGGAGUGGCGCCGCACCCGCGCGACACCAGCGCGGCGUCUCCGCCCCGCGACACCAGCGUGGCGUCUCCGCCCCGCGACACUAGCGCGGCGUCUCCGCCCCGCUCGCUGCAACAUACCCAUGCCCCUCAACGGCGGAGGGAGAUCAUUCCAGCAGCGAGUCGCAGCAAACCUAAAGCUGCCCCUAAAAGCUGCAGUCCCGUGCUGCGGUAUCUUGAGAGGGUCAACCAUGGAACGGAGACCGGACUCAUACUGAGUACGCCGCCAGUACCGAAGAUUCUGGAGAAAUCUUCCUCCGUGCGGAUCCUCUGCGCCUUGUCUCCAGGCUCCCUCCUAGCGAAGAUGCGGCCCUGCUUGGUCCAGACAAACCUCCACUUGAGGAGGCUAGCGGCAUCCCGCGCCCUCCGAAAUAACUGCCGGUUGACUUUUGUCAACCGCUCAUUCACGAAGAAGCGCUGCGCUGGGCCGGGCAUGUCUAAGUCGUCAGUUGUCGCACCGCGCCGAACUCGCGCGCCCGUCAGAAGCUUAUCACGCAAGUCCCUGCGAGCAAAGCGCACGACAAGCGGUCGCGGACGAGACUCGGUCGGACCCGCCGAGCUUGUUACGUUGAGCUGCCUCCCGCCGAUGCGCUCCGCGCUGACGAUAUCACAGUCCUCGAAAUUAACUCCGAGCGCAAUAAAUUUAAAAAUGUGCGCAACAAUUACAGAAGCCGCACAACUAAUUAUCUGUAAGAUUCAAAUGACCAUUUUCGACAACAUGUAACGAACACGGAAAUAUAUUGACCGCGUGGAAAACAUUCAAAAACGUUUUAUAAAAUAUCUCUGUUUUCACCAAAAGAUGCCAUAUCAGUCUGCCAACUAUGAUUAUUAUAGUGUCUAGAUGGAGUGUCAGUUCACGAAACGAAUUCAGCACGGAUGGUCCGGGUCGACCGGAGUGAUACCACGGCCGGGCAGAAGAACACGUGAAACAACGCAAGCGUUGUGUU